CAGAGAUCUAUCCGACUGAGUCUUUGCAGCAGUCAGCUGAAUGCGUAUCCAAAAGGCAUUUAGGAACCUGUACCAGCAGGUCCCCGGCGUCAUAGGCGGGCUCCUUUCCUGUCAGUUUUAGGGCGAGUGCUGGAGGUAAUGGUGGUUUUUUACAGACAAAGCAAAACACUAAACACUGUCACAGCUCCUCAGAGGACCGGGGAUGUUAAAAUGCCAAAACAUUUGUUUUCAAGGAUUCGGUUUAAUGAAUUUAAAGACCUAAUGCAGAAUGUGAAGCGGCCCAGAAGAAUUGAUAUUGUUCUGAAUCGAAAGAGGUAUAAGAAAGACGUCCAGUGCCUUGUGGUGCAAAGAAAUUAUCAUGACACAUCUCCUUCAAAUGUGAGUUGGCGGACUGAACAUCAACUCCAUUCAACUCUGGAAAAAAUGCUUCAGGAUAAAAAAUAUUUAGCAGCUUUUCGUGCGUUCCUGCAGUCGGAGUUCAGUGAAGAAAACAUUGAGUUCUGGCUCGCAUGUGAAGACUUCAGGUCAACCACCUCAUUGGACGACCUUCGCUGGAAAGCCGAGAAGAUCUACAAGGAGUUCAUUGAGCCAACAGCCUGCAGAGAGAUCAAUGUUGACUUUCACAUAAAAGAGAAGAUCAAGAAGUUUUUGGAGGAGCCGAGCCUUUCAUGCUUCGAUGAGGCCCAAAGACAUGUUUAUCUGCUGAUGGAAAGAGACUCCUGGCCCAGAUUCCUGCACUCAGAUGCCUACUUAAGUCUCAAGCACAAAUCCAGAACUCUUUGGUACAUUUAGCUUGACAACAAUCAAAACUUGCGCUGUAUCAACCAUAGACUUUGCAUAAGAAGUGGAUCUAGCUAAGAUGGCCAAAACAAUUGGUUUUGUUGUUUCUUGUUUGCAUUCGGCCAAUGCCUUGUUGUUUCUUUUGUCUUCUUGACUGAGUUAAAACGUUAUGUCACACUGUAGAUGUGCUGAGAGAUGACGUACGGAUGAAAUGUUGUGGAAAAUAAUGAAAGUCAAACAUUGGAGAAAAGUCAUGUGAGGUGGAAAAAAGUCUGUGUAUGAUGGGAAAAAGAAUGAUGUCACUAUCAGUAGUGUAUCGGUGCAAAUGUUAGGAGUUCAUUGGAAAACAGUAUGUGCUACCUGAAAGGUAUUGUAAGUUUACGUGGAGUUCA